AUGGCUGCGGUGAGUAGACGACCCAAAGAUGGUAACAUGCUUGAUUCACUUAGCUUUGCAACACCCGCCGUGGAGUCGAUUCGGCAACGUAAGGAUUUUUCUCAGCAGACAUUCGCUAAAUUAAGAAAGGUUGCCUUUCUUCCCCAUAGCGAACGACUUGUUUGGCUUGGAUACUCUGAGGGACGAUGCGUAGCCUUGUGGAAGAGAUGUGAUGACGUCUCUGAAGUUGUGGAACCCUUCGACGAACUUUUCAGGCUGGAGCUCGACGUCGAUCCUUCCGACUUGUGUGCAUUUUCACCCGAACUGUUCUGUGUCUCCCUUUCUAGUGGAUAUAUUUUCGUAUUUAACAGCAGGAACGACGAAUUGGUCAAGGUUAAAGAGUUUGCUUAUGUACAUGGAAAGGGGAACUCGCGAGUUCUUUGUGAAUUUGACAGUAACAGUAUAAUUAGUGGGUCCUCCAAUGGGUCUCUUGCAAAGGUGGACAUCGAAUCUGGAAACGUAAUUCUUAUCUCGAAGGGAAAUUCUGGUGUGCGAUCAGUUUGCACUCUCUCUGGAGGUACCUUGCUUGCUUCUGGUCAUUCAUCAGGUCAUGUUUUGAUAUGGGAUUGCCGAGCCAAACCAACAAAGCCAUCCGUAGUGUGCGUUCCGUCGAAGAGACGGCUUGAUGCGGUCACAACGCUCACUACCCAUCCUGCCCAUGCAAGUUUGAUCUCUUUCGGCACAGAUCUUGGGACCGUUGGCUUUUGUGAUGUGAGAGGUGUCACACAAGAUUUAGUCACGAAUUCUUUUGAUGUAACCACUGCCACCGUCACUCAGGUAUCCUUCCACCCAGAAUGCGGUGAUCAUCUUGUUUGUGCUUCAGCAGAUGGAAGCCUAGUGCAUUGGGACGUAUCUUCUGUGACAACGGCUGUGCUAAGGUAUCCUUCCUAUGGGGUCAAGGGUAACCCCAUCAUUGGUGACAUCCUCACAACACUUGUCCUGUCUUUACCUCCGUUUCUUCCACACAGUAAGAAAUGA